GAGUGGGAGGACCAGCGAGGACCAUUCUCUCGGAGUCCCUGGCAUCCCCAGAAGCUUCAACUCUGGAGGCGAUGGGUCGAAAGGAAGAAGAUGACUGCAGUUCCUGGAAGAAACAGACCACCAACAUCCGGAAAACCUUCAUCUUCAUGGAAGUGCUGGGCUCAGGAGCUUUCUCGGAAGUCUUCCUGGUGAAACAAAGGGUAACUGGGAAGCUCUUUGCCCUGAAGUGCAUCAAAAAGUCACCUGCCUUCCGGGACAGCAGCCUGGAGAAUGAGAUCGCUGUGCUGAAAAAGAUCAAGCAUGAGAACAUUGUGACCCUGGAGGACAUCUAUGAGAGCACCACUCACUACUACCUGGUCAUGCAGCUUGUUUCUGGUGGGGAGCUCUUUGACCGGAUUCUGGAACGGGGUGUCUACACAGAGAAGGAUGCCAGCCUGGUGAUCCAGCAGGUGUUGUCAGCUGUGAAAUACCUCCACGAGAAUGGCAUCGUCCACAGAGACUUAAAGCCUGAAAAUCUCCUAUACCUCACCCCCGAGGAGAAUUCUAAGAUCAUGAUCACAGACUUUGGUCUCUCCAAGAUGGAGCAGAGUGGUGUCAUGUCCACUGCCUGCGGGACCCCAGGCUAUGUGGCUCCAGAAGUGCUAGCCCAGAAACCCUACAGCAAGGCUGUGGACUGCUGGUCCAUCGGCGUCAUCACUUACAUAUUGCUGUGCGGGUACCCCCCCUUCUACGAGGAAACUGAGUCUAAGCUGUUUGAGAAGAUCAAGGAAGGCUACUAUGAGUUUGAAUCUCCAUUCUGGGAUGACAUUUCUGAGUCAGCCAAGGAUUUUAUUUGCCACUUGCUGGAGAAGGACCCGAAUGAGCGGUACACCUGUGAGAAGGCCUUGAGGCACCCCUGGAUUAACGGAAAUACAGCCCUGCACCGGGACAUCUACCCAUCAGUCAGCCUCCAGAUCCAGAAGAACUUCGCCAAGAGCAAGUGGAGGCAAGCCUUCAAUGCAGCGGCCGUGGUCCACCACAUGCGGAAGCUGCACAUGAACCUGCACAGCCCGGGGGUCCGGCCGGAGGUGGAGAACAGGCCGCCCGUCCCUGCAGCCUCGAGACCCACCUCCCCGGAGAUCACCAUCUCUGAGACUCCCGCCAUCCCGGGCCCGAGCACGGCGGCCUCCGUGCCGACCCGGCUGCCCUGCCGGCACGGCCCCCAGCCUGCGGCCCCCGGGGGCAGGUCCCUCAACUGCCUGGUCAACGGGUCCCUCCGCAUCAGCAGCAGCUUGGUGCCCAUGCAGCAGGGGCCCCUGGCCGUCGGGCCCUGCGGCUGCUGCUCCAGCUGCACGAACGUCGGGACCAAAGUGAACGCGUCCUACUGCUCCGAGCCCACGCUCCUCAAAAAGGCCAACAAAAAACAGAACUUCAAAUCGGAAGUGAUGGUGCCAGUGAAAGCCGGCGGCAGCUCCCACUGCCGGGUGGGGCAGACUGGAGUCUGUCUCAUCAUGUGAUCCCUGGGGCCCGUGUCUGUCUCACUACAAUUUUCAGGAGAGAUACACAACUCUUCUCCGCCCUUCCAGACCUGGAGUCUACCCUGAGGUGGGAGGGAGGGACAGCAAGCAGACCAAGACCUGAUCGGAUGCAGCAGCCGGCUGCCGCCCAGGGCAGAGCCUCCCUGAAGGCCCGGGAGUGAGCCCCGGGCGCAGUGGAGCUUCGGGAAGCCGCGGGCAGGAGGAGCGUCAUCCUCGCGGGCCUGCCUGCUCCGUGCCCCCCACCCCGACACGCCCGCCCGCCGGGGUGGCUCUGUGCAGGGCGCGUAGACAGCUCGUGCCCAGGUCUGUGUCGUCGUGAAAAGCUUAAUGGGCUGGCCCAUCUGUGUUGCCAUCUCCGAACAAAGCCAUAUGGAGCAGCUACCCAGCCUCCCCACUCAGCACACACUCGCUCCUGCCUCUCCUUGACGGAGGGGCCUGCCCUUCUGCAUGAGUGACAGGCAGCAUCGCGGUCUGCCUGUGAGCUCUCGGAGUUCACCUCCCAACUCCCUAACUCCAGGAUGGCUCCCAACCCUCUGCACUUCUGAUCCACCUAUGCCUCCACCCCUGUC